CGUAAGACAGCUAGGCGUACGGUAAAGCAGUGCGAGAGAGGGAGGAAAGAUGGAAAGUACGGAAAGCUUAGUCGCGAGGAACGGAGCUGUCGUCCUUUUUACAUCGCGUUACGUUCAGUCAGUCGACGCGCGGCUGCCACACGGAGGACAGAUAUGUUCGCGCUAUGCAUCUUCCUCCUGAGCGUCAUCGUGUCACCGCACGUAGCCGAGCGAGAUGGCCCGAGCGAGAGACACUUCACGAAGGAGAAAUACUAUCACGUGCCCGGCUCGCUAACAAACGAACAGGUUGCCACGUUGUCAGGCCUCACAAACGUCACACACAUGAAUGAAGUUUUGGAUAACAUAUGUGUAGUGAGGAUCGUGGGGACCGCCGAGCAUGCGACAGUGAAGGAGUAUAUCAAGAGGUCAAUGAAAGAUCUGGGUUGGACAAUCGAAUCGGAUGUAUUUGAAGAUUACACGCCCGUUGGCAAACUGAAGUUUGAAAACAUAAUAGCAAAAUUAAAUCCUAAUGCAAAAAGAUAUCUGACGCUAGCUUGCCAUUAUGAUUCCAAGUAUACGAGAGAGAGGGAUUUUAUUGGAGCCACAGACAGUGCUGUGCCAUGCGCUCAAUUAAUUAAUUUGGCAACUGUCAUGAAUAAAUAUUUGACUAAACAACGGGAUGUUAGCUUGAUGCUUGUCUUUUUCGAUGGGGAAGAAGCGUUUGAAGAAUGGGGCCCAAACGAUUCGAUUUACGGUGCUAAACAUUUAGCUAAAAAAUGGGAUAAUAAAAUAACUAAUGAUGAAGGAGAAAACCAUUUCUCUGAAUUGGAUAGAAUGGAUGUAUUAGUCCUUCUGGACUUGCUAGGCGCACCUGAUCCGACUUUUUACAAUUACUUUAAAAACACCGAGAAAUGGUACUCCUUACUACUUAGCAUCGAAAAGAAAUUAGCUCAAAUGAGGAAAUUUGAAUCGUAUUCAUAUAACAGACCGGAACAGAGGUAUUUUCAACCGUACUCGUUAGAGUCGCAUAUCGAAGACGAUCAUAUUCCCUUUUUGAAGAGAGAUGUGCCUAUUUUGCAUAUAAUACCGACUCCCUUCCCACCCUUUUGGCACAAAUCUGGCGACAAUCGACACAAUAUUGACUUGAAGACUACAGAGAAUAUCAAUAAAAUACUCAGGGUAUUUGUCGCUUCGUAUUUAGGUUUGCUGAUUGUCUAAAUUAAGGAAUCCUGGAAAAGUAAUUAACAACAGUGCUUUGUCUCUAAAAUAUCGUCAGUCCUAAAGUAUGUACAAACAAUAUUAAAAGAAAGAUCUAAAUUAUAAUGUACAUAUAGCUUAACGCUAAAUUUAUGAAGUAUUACAUAUCUAUCGAAACAAAUAAGAAAUUUUGGAUAUCGCGCAAUAUCAAAAAAAUUCUUUAGCUCGAGCUUCUUUGUAUACAACUUUUUUCGAACUUUAACGUUCUAAAAGUACUUUUGUAUAAAAAAAAAACGUAACUUGUAUAAUUUUGUAUUAUACAUAAUUUAGUACAUUAUAUAGGCAUACCCAUAUAUAAUAUUAUGUACAUUAUUAUAGAUAAGGCAAAUUCUCUAUAUAUUUUGUAUAAAUUAUCAGAUCUGAAAUUACGCACUGUACAUAAACACAGCAAAGGAACGCAUAAGAAAAUACAAUAUAUUUUUGUUUGGUA